UUUCAACAAUUUUCGUCGGGGAAGAGUUUGUAUGUUUUGUAAUUACUGUAUUUUCGCGGGCUUUGACUUUACGUAAGUUUAAAAUAAAUGGCGGAGUUGAUUAAACUGGAGAGCAUUUUAGGAGAAAACGAUAUUAAGAAUCUAACCGAUUCUAUUAAAAGCUCGUUAGAAUCUUAUUUAAGGUCUCAACACGAAACCGUAGAAGAACUUCGGAAAGAAAAUGCUAGUCUUAAGGCCACGGCAGAGAGAUCGGAAUUUCAAUUGGAAAAAGAGCUGCUGGAAAAUCAAUUAAAAUUCAAAGAAGAAUCCGAAAAGUGUCAACAAUUGCAAAGUCGUAUUAAGGAAUUAGAAGAGAAACUUGCUAAUAAUCAAAAUGAGUUACAGAAAUCUCAAAGUUCAUAUAACUCUACUGUUACAGAACUGGAAGCUCUUAAGAAGAAAAAUGAAAAAUAUUUAGAAGAAAAUGGAGAAUUAGUUCAACAAUUAGAGAAAAGAAGAAAUGAUAUUAAUAAACUUAAUGAUGAGGUAAAGCAUUUAACAGAUUCUUUGACAAAUGCUAAUGAAAAUAAAUAUGAAGCAUUAAUUAAAAUUGAAGAAAUACAAUUGCACGAAGUUAAUUUAGAGCAUCAGGUCAAAAGAUUGCAACAAGAAAAGGAAUUAUUAAACGAACAAAUAUCUUCUCUGAAUGAAGAUACUGUUCAGAAAGGUCAAGAAAUAUUAUCUUUGAGACGUGAAAAAUCAGGUUUUGUUUUGGAAUUGCAAUCUGAAUUAGAACAGACAAGAGAUGAAUUGCAGACAACACAGAAGCAACUGAAAGAUAUGAAGAAAGUAGUUGAAGAAAAAGACAAAAGAUUAGAACAGUUAGCAAAGCAAAUCAAAGAAGUCAAAGAAUUGCAAAUCCAGUCAGAAGAGCAGUUUCAAUUGGAACUUCGUUCUCAAAAUAAAUUAGUAGAACUUUAUAAAAAAUCAUCUUCAGAGGGACAAGAACGUAUCGAUGAAUUGAUGCGAGCAGUUGAAGAAAUGCAUAAAUUUCUUCAAGAAACUAAUGAAUUAAAUACACAAUUAGAAGAAAAAUUAAAUGAUACUAAUAAUCAAUGGAACAAACAACUUGAAGAGAAAGAAAAAGAAAUAACAAAUUUAAAAAAAGAAUUAAAAGAUGCUAAUGAUCUUCUGUCUAAAAAUAAAGGUUUAUCAGAGGAGGGUAUACAGAAGUUGUUUCCUGCUGCAGCAGCUACUAGCAAGGUUCUUCAUUCAGGAAUGACAUUAACUCAGAUAUAUUCUGAAUAUAUUAAAUCUCAAGAAGAACUUCAACAAGAGAAAAUUGAAAAUCAAAGACUAACUAAGCAGUUGCAGCAAAUAAUUGCAGAGAUUGAAGAAAAAACGCCUCUAGUUAAUCAACGAUUUACAGAAUAUCAAAAAGCUUUAGAAACAAUUUCUUGCCUUAGAAACCAAUUGGCUAAUUCUCUCACGGAUCAAGAAUGUUUACAAUCAGAAAGAGAUGAUGCAAAAAGAAUUAGUUCACAGUUACAAAAUGAGAACAAAAGAUUAAGACAACAACUCUCAGAUGUUUCUCAACAGGUGUGUGUUCUAUUGAAAGAAGUUGAAGAAGCCAGGGCAGGACAUGCAAGUUCUCGAUCACUCACUGAAGAAGAAAUUGUUUCUUCCACUGAUGAAACAACUGCUGAUAAAGUUAUCUCCAAGCAUUUAGUGACAUUUAGAGAUAUAGAAGAGUUGCAGACUAAAAAUCAGCAACUUUUGGCUGUUGUCAGAGAAUUGAGUGAAAAUCAAGAAGAAAAAGAAAUGAAAGCAGUUGAAGAUAAGACAGUUGAACUACAUCAAGAAUUGGAGACAUCUGUAUUACAGCUGCAGGAAUUGCAGAAUGAAAGAUCAAAACAGACUGAAUUAAUUGAAUCUAUUGUUCGUCAGAGGGACAUGUAUCGUAUGCUGUUGUCUCAGUAUCAAAAUCAUUCUCCAAUUAUUUCAAAUUCUGUUAUUUCAACAUUGCCUGUGACAACACCUAAUAUAUCACCUCAGAAAGCAGAUGAUUCAAAUAUUCAGGAAACAAAAACUGCCUUUAUUCAGUUACAGAAGGAAUUUGAAGUUUAUAAAAAAGAAAAAGCUGAAAAUACGCAAAUGUUAAAUGAACAGAUAGACAAGCUUCGUGAUGAAAUAUCUGAACUGAGAGUACAAAAUGCAAAGCUAUCUUCACAGCUGGAAUAUUCUGAAGAAAGAUUUAAUUUACUUCAAUCAAAUGCUGACAUAUUUAAGAGAGAAGCUUCAUUAUUAAGAGAAAAAAAUCAAAAACAUACUGCAAAUAUUACUCAACAUCAACACACAAUAAAUAGUCUACGCCAGGAAGUCAUGGCAACACAAGAGAAAUUGGCAAAAGCAGAAGUAUUAAUAGAAAACUUACAAGCAGAAAGAAAUUUAUUAAAGAGUGUCGAAUCACGUCUUGUACAAGAAAAAGACACUUUAUUGCGAGAGAAACAACAACAGUCUCGUUUAACUGCAAAUUUACAAGCAGUUCAGCUAACUAACGUUCAGUCAUUUUACAAAGAGGCUAAACCAAAUCCUGUUGGAUUGAACGACAUUUCACAUUUUAUGAUAGUGGCCAAACGAUUAGCCACUUUUCAGUGA